CAACAAAACCGGAAAUGGUCGGUGUUAAAAACACUUCCUGUUUAUCUCUCAAGCUAAUGUCAGUCUUCGUAGCCUUAAUAUUUAAAUUAAAUUAAAUUGUUCAAAGUCUAUCACUUUGUGUUCGAAAAUAGUAAAGAUGAUUAAGGCUAUAUUGAUUUUCAAUAACCACGGAAAGCCGCGGCUCAUCAGGUUCUAUCAGUAUUUUGCAGAGGACAUGCAACAGCAGAUAAUUCGGGAGACUUUCCAUUUGGUGUCAAAGAGAGACGACAACGUUUGUAACUUCCUGGAGGGUGGAAGUCUCAUCGGUGGGUCUGACUACAAGCUGAUCUACCGACAUUACGCCACCCUCUACUUUGUCUUCUGUGUGGACUCCUCCGAGAGCGAGCUGGGCAUUCUGGACCUCAUCCAGGUGUUUGUGGAAACGCUGGACAAAUGCUUUGAGAACGUCUGUGAGCUGGACCUCAUAUUCCACAUGGACAAGGUCCACUACAUCCUGCAGGAGGUGGUGAUGGGAGGUAUGGUGCUGGAGACCAACAUGAACGAGAUCGUGGGUCAGGUGGAGCUGCAGAACCGCAUGGAGAAGUCAGAGGGAGGCCUGUCAGCGGCGCCUGCUCGCGCCGUCUCUGCCGUGAAGAACAUGAACCUGCCCGAGAUUCCGCGCAACAUCAACAUCGGAGACAUCAACAUCAAAGUGCCGAGCCUCUCCCCGUUUUGAGCGCCGUCCCCCCCACCGAGCCAUCCCGGCGUGCGUUCGGGGAUGGGUGAGGUCCUGCCUGCCGACCCAACGCAUCUUCCUUCCUCCCUCCUUGCUGCCGCCACAGACUUGAACUCUCCAGAUCACGUGUGCGGGCGAAAAAGCUGUGAGUCGUUGGAGUAGUGAUUUUUCUUUUGUUUGGGUCCUAGUUGCACAGUAAUGUGAAUGUGUAUUCGUAAAUCAUCAACGUUAAUAUUUAUGUAUGUCUUAUGAGUUGGCUGACUUCCACUCCGUCUCGGAGAGAAGCGGCGCCUGCAUAUUUUCCUCCCCAACUGGACGCUCAUCAUCAUCACUAUUAUCGCCACCGGAGAUUUCGAAACAUUCCUAUCCAGCGGGAGCGUUGGGACUUAUCGCGGUAACACGAUCCCUUUUGGCUCCUCCACCGUCUGCGAUUGCUCUUCUUCUUCUCCUCACAAUCCAUCGCUUCUUCUCGCUGUUAAUCUCCCUGACAUGUGCGCGGCUGCCCCGUCACGUGAUCGUCCCUCUCGGCCGGGUUCUGCACCUAUCGGAGGGCAGAGUCCUCCGACGGCUUUGUACAAAAUGUGCCCUAUUAUAGUAUUUAGCAGUAACGUGAGACGAGAAAAUAAAAGCUGCCACAAAA